GUUGAUAGCUUAGAAUUUUGACACGUGUCAUUUGAAAGGUUUUAUUUUACUCCCACAUCAGUUUACACGUGUCUUCUUAUUAACCCAUCUUCCAUUUAAGCCUUUCCCAAAGAAGGAGAUUGCCGAUUCUGCCUCCCCAGUCAAUCGCAUGGUCUUCGCGAUUUCUCCGAUCUAUUCAAGGCUACACGAAGUGCAAUGGUAAUUUCUCACAUCAGAAGGAAACUCUCACAAAAGGAAAUUAGCUCUGCAUUCUUUCAAAGGGAACGCUGGAUUCGGCCGAUUCUUCCCUCAAUUAGGUAUUCUCGGUCAUCGGUUUUUUUCCUAAAUUGAUGCUUAAUUCUUCUUCUUCCUCAAUUCUAUCGUGCAUACCAUCUUCAAUUGAUCAAUUCUACCUUAAUUUUCACAUAUUAUAUAAAAAAUUGUUUUAAAAAUUAUGCAUAGUGUAAAAAAUGAUUUUAAUAUGUUAAUGUUUACAUUAAUGUAGAUUUGUUAACUUUGAAGUUUUACUCUUAAACUUAAAUUCAAUGUAAAAGUUGAACAUGUGUUAUGCCUUCAAAGUGUUUGAGAAAAUGUCAAAAUGAGUGCUUGCAUUUUAUUUUUUUUGGUUUUUUAGGAACCUAACUUUAGGUUCAUAUAGUACUUGAAAAGACACUCAUAUCAAUUUGGUAUUUUUAGCAUUAUACUUUUAGGAACAUUUUAGGAUAUGUUACCCCUAAUUAAGAUGAAUGAUUAGGUGAUAGGCAUCAUGUGAUGAAUUCCUUCGCAAAUUUUGACAGUAGUUGUCUUCAUAUCACCCUGCCUUUUGAACCUCUUAUGUAACAUAAAAUCUCAGUGUAUAGUGGAGACAGUGAAAGGGUAGUGGAUUGAAUAUAAGAACUUUUCAUAAUAACUAAUUGUGAUGCAUUCUUUGUUUGAUACAAUGAAGGAGGAAUGCUUCUGAUUAUUGCUAGAGCACUUUAAAGUUUAAACAAUAAUACAUCUAUCAAUACAGUCCAUGCCAAAAUGAAGUUUAUAAGAUAAGCUCGUGUUGAAAUCUACACUCCCAUUUUCUCUUUCAAUGGUUGGAAGCCAAAUAUAACUAUUGCAGAUGCAAUUAAUCUCUAAAGGGCAUACCUUCAGACCAAAUUACUUCGGAAAGGGAGUAUACCUUGAUGUUCAGUGUUGAAUCACAUUGAGUUCACCAGAGGUUGAAAAUAUGCCUUCAAGGUUUUUGUAUAUUUUUGAAGGAACGUUGUUAAUUUGGUAUACUCACAUAUCGUUAUGGUUGCACCCUUUUGAUCUAAAAUUUAGCGGGUUUAAUUCACCUGAUUUCUUUGUAGUUCAUGCCAAAGAAAAGAAAAUGUUGAAAACAAUUACUAACGGUUUAUGUCCCGCAAAUAAAAUUUUGAAAUACUCAUUUCUUCUUUGGCAAGUAUCUAUCCACGGGGAGUACUAUCUAUGCCACAGUCCGUAGAAGCUUGGUUGGAACUUUUCAGAGUUGAAGUAAGGAAGGAUCUGUUGUAUGCCACUGUUGACUCGGUGAACAGUGGUGGGGAUUGGUUCUAUUUGGCUUGCAAGUGUAAUAGAGCUGUGAGAGCUGAUGGCACAAUGCUAAAACUGUCUUUUUGUAGAUAUUUAAUCAAGCUAGCCGUUAAAGAUGAUUCCGGAUCAACUACGUUCGUGUUGUUUGACCAAGAAGCGUGCUCCAUUCUAAAUACGUCAUGCUCCCUCUUGCUGGAAAAGACUGAUGCAGAUGGAAGUACUGAAAGUCCUAAAGAGUUUGGUGAUUUUUUGAUGGUUAAAAGUUUCAUGUUUAAAGUGGAGGUGGAAUCUAUGUUCAGAGGACGUCUCGAGCAAUCGUUUAGGGUCUCAAAGGACGGUGAAUAUGCAGUGUACAGAACAAUCAAGAGUGUUGAUUCUGAUUGGUUUAUAGCAACGUGUAGAUGUGGGUCUGAGGUGGUCCCACGAAGUGGCUCCUACCAUUGCACUGACUACAGUGCUACUUUUGUACUAUUUGAGAAUGUAGGAUAUUUGAUUCUCCAUAAGUCAUGUGCUGAAAUGAUGAACUAUUGUGAGAAUUUGAUAGAAGAUUUUGGAGAGUCUAAGGAUAAUGCGUUGGAACAGAGUGUAGAUGUUAUCACUAAUUCUAAUAUCAACAAAAGAAUGAAAGAGCUGGAGCAUUGUGAUGUGGGUGGGGAUGAGUCAGGCAAGAAGACAAUGAUGACGGAGAUCCUGUACUUGACAUGUCUUUCGUUGACAUGUUGGAUGGGUGCGAGGAAAAUAACAACACAACGAGGCAUUGUUUUGAGAUGGACAUGUCCGGAGAGCUAUGUGUUGAAGAACACAGAAGUGAUGGUUAGUUGUCCCGAAGAACCUGUCUUACGAACAGCGAUGGUGAACAUGUCGCCCGUGGGUAACUUGUCCACACAUGAAGAGAAUGAAAGUGAUGGCAUUGUUGGAAGAAGUGCUGAUCUCCCCGAACCUGUAAGCUUUGUCCCCGAUGUUGGGAUGAAGCUCUCAAAUUAUGAUGCCAUAUAUGAUUUCUACCAUACUUAUGCAAAGGCAAUGGGGUUUCCCAUUAAAAAGAGAAGUUUGGGGAGAGGAUGUCAUGGAACAAUACGUUCUAUCACAAUCUCAUGUGGUAGAGAAGGGAAUAGGGUGAGCCGAUCUAAGAAUUGUCUAAAGGCACAAGCCCGAUCAAAUUGUGGUUGCACAGCUCGAGUAAUGGCAACUUGUGAUGAUGAAGGUGUGUUUACUAUUACAGUGGCGAAUUUGGAACAUAAUCAUGAUAUUAGCCCAUCAAAGUCACGGAUGUAGCGUUGUAACAGGAAGUUGCCCGACCACAUAAAACGAAGGCUCGAGGUAAAUGAUAUAGCAGGAAUCCCCCUUCACAAGAGUUUAACUCAGCCGUGGUUGAAGCUGGAGGGUACGAUAUAUUGUCCUUUAUCGAAAAGGAUUGUAGGAACUUUGUUGAGCAAGUGCGAAGGGUGAAGCUAUGUGCAGGGGAUGCCAU